CGAGUCGGAGUAUCGGCCCGCCUAGUCCAGUGUCACGUUUCACAUUUCAGGAUUCUGUAUAUAUCGGGUGUGCCAAAAAAAAAUCCGUUCGCGCGUAGACAUAUAACGAUCGUUUUUUGCGUAUGUCGGGGAUUGUUUAUACUGCAUGCCGAACCGGGUGCGCGAGUACCGAAAUUAGUGCCAAACAUGUGCCAAUUUUACCAAACGAAAGUGUGCGUAGAGUUAAUUUUUAGUUAGAAAAAAAGCUGUUAUAAUUUCAACAAAUAAUAACUGCUCGAUAUCUUGGUAGUAUUGAACGCAUUUCGAAAAUUAAAACGGUUUUUGUUGAAUCGCGUGCGGUCGGCCAUCUUAAAGGACCGUUCUUCACGCGUGUCGAUCGCGAUCGAGAUCGAGAGUGUGUAGCGAUGUCAAAGAUACGCAAAAAAUGAAGCUCAGCGUAUCGGCCUAUCGCGCACACGCGUCCGCGCACAAGAAAAUUCUGGACACUUCCUAUAAUCUUAACUAUGGUUCUACCAGUGCGUCGCAUCUGCACCCUUCCGGAUCCGGCUCGUCGGUGGGCGCCUCUGGAUUUCAGCUAAUGAUGACGAACAUAUUGGGAUUUCGCCUUAAGAUUGACCCGCCCACGACCAACCCAACGUCUUGUGGCGUCGGACAGAUAGCAGGUACCAGUGGCGCCCAAAACGGGAGCCACCUGAUGGUCUCUGGGGGGCAUGGCGGCGAAGAAGGCAGUUCCGACGACGCCAACACACCCCUGCACAGCCCCAGAUCUCACAACACCAGUAGGGAUGAAGACGAGAGUUCCAAUGCCAACGAAAGUGAUUGCAAGAGUCCGAGCCAAAGGACGAAAUCAAAUCAGCGAUGGAUGAAACUCCGGACCACAGUUCAAAUCUCUUCGGCAAUAUCGGCAAAGAAACCCCCCUUGAAGAGGGAAGAUUCUUUUUUGAAACGCUUCUCGUCCAGGCAGAUCCCGGAGGCACAAGAAACCGUGGAGGAUACAGGCAGCGAAGGUGCAGCGGGGGAUAAUCGGUCAGCGCAAAGAAGAAGACGAAGAAAACUGCGACAACCCCGGACAGUAGUGAAUCCGGACUCCAAUUUUUAUUUUUACUGGCUGUUUGUGUUGACCAUUUGUGUGUUGUAUAAUUUAUGGACUUUAAUUGUUAGACAGAGUUUUCCCGAGCUCCAGGAAAUGAUUUCCACAUUUUGGCUCACCUGUGAUUCUAUAAGUGACUUGGUUUUUGUAUUAGAUUUGGCUGUACAGUUUAGGACUGGUUAUUUAGAACAAGGAUUGAUGGUCUAUGAUUCUAAAAAAUUGGCCUGUCAUUAUCUUCGCUCACGUGCCUUUUUGCUGGAUCUCACCGCUCUGUGUCCAGUCGAUUUGCUUCAGUUCAGGUUCGGCCCUAAUCCUCUACUGAGGUGUCCUAGAUUUUUAAAAGUAUACAGGGCUGUUAACUACUACUAUAUGGUCGAGUCUCGUACGAUAUGGCCAAAUUUAUGGCGAGUCGUCAAUUUGAUCCAUAUUCUUUUGAUUUUGGCGCACUGGUUUGGCUGUUUCUACUUUCUUUUAUCGGAGGCAGAAGGAUUUCAGGGUGAUUGGGUAUACCCUUACCGUCCCGGUGACUACGCAACCCUCACGAGGAAGUAUCUGGGGUCGUUAUACUGGUCGACUCUGACCCUGACGACGAUUGGCGACCUCCCAACGCCCGAAACGAAUGCCGAGAAGACGGAUUCCGUGGACGGGCCUCGGUCGCUGCCGCGCAGAGGCGUUAAAUCUCGUCUGCUGCAGUUCUCCACCAGUAACGGAUAUAUUUUUACAAUAGUGAGCUAUCUUAUAGGAGUUUUUAUAUUCGCAACGAUUGUCGGACAAGUCGGCAACGUGAUAACGAACAGAAAUGCCAACCGGUUGGAGUUCGAGCGGCUGCUAGACGGCGCCAAAACAUACAUGAGGCAUCACAAGGUCCCGGGUGGUAUGAAACGCAGGGUUCUGCGGUGGUACGAUUACUCGUGGUCCAGAGGAAGAAUUCAGGGCGGCGGUGACAUUAAUACAGCUUUGGGACUUCUACCAGACAAGCUGAAGACCGAGCUAGCGCUUCACGUCAAUUUAAGCGUCUUGAAGAAGGUGACGAUAUUCCAAGAGUGUCAGCCGGAGUUUUUGCGAGAUCUCGUGCUGAAAAUGAAGGCGUAUAUUUUCACGCCGGGCGACUCGAUAUGCCGUAAAGGUGAGGUAGCGAGGGAGAUGUUCAUCAUAGCUGACGGGAUUCUAGAGGUUAUCAGCGAAACCGGCAAGGUCCUCACGACAAUGAAAGCGGGAGACUUUUUCGGAGAAAUUGGGAUCCUCAACCUGGACGGAUUGAAUAAGAGAACGGCCGAUGUAAGGUCCGUGGGUUAUUCGGAACUGUUUUCAUUGUCUCGCGAGGAUGUACUGGCCGCAAUGAAAGAUUACCCCGAAGCUCAGGAAAUUCUGCAGGCGCUCGGACGAAAAAGGCUGAUGGAGUACUCAUUAGUGCACUUGUCUCUACAUGGGCAGCUUUUACAGGUCAAAGCUAGCGCGAAGCACCCUCCCCAUCAUAAGGGUGAACAUCAUCACGCGUCCCACCACCUCGAUAAUAAGGGAUUGGUGGAUAAAAUAAAAAGCGAAGCAAAAGGCUUAAAAAACGUAUUGCGAAAGUCGAGAACGCACCGUCGUUCCGAGGAAAGUCUGGAGCUGCAACCACUCCAGGGCAACGGGAAUAACGGUGCCGCGAAGGGUCCUCUAAAAAGGAUGUCAAGGGUAAAAUCUCACGACCUCAGUCAGGAGCACGACAACGGCGACAAGAAAGAGAUACGCGAACACACCGGUGCCCCGGAAGUGUCCCCCUUGGGCGCGGGUUUGCCCCUCUUACAACGACUUAGGCUACUCAAAGAAAAACAAGAAAACGAGGAGCGAUACAAAACGUCGACACCCCCCGUUCUAUCCCCGCAAUCUUCGAAUGUGAGAUCGCCCCCUCCUAUUAUUGAAGAGACCUCGCUGAAUGACGAGCCCAUAGGCGCCGGCCUCCCCUUGCUUCAGAGGAUCCUUAUGCUUAAAGCGAAGGAGGAAAAAGCCGCGAAGGUGGUUAAAACCGCUGUCGGAGCAGGAAUAUUCGGCACCAUCAAAGGCCCGCCGAGUAGUCAACCGACGUCACCCACUCCAAUAGCAGCGCCAAGUUCCACCACCGCGAGGGCGUCGUUUUCAGGGCCCGCGAAAACCACCCUAGCGUCGGUGCCCGCUAAGUUACUCAACAAUAAGAUAAGUUUUAGGGAUAGGAUCAAACUUCACACCAACGUGAAAGAGAAAGACUCCAGUAUCAAAGAUUCGCUACUGAACGACAGCGAACCGCCUGCAUUAGUAGACCCGUCGAACAUAGUGCCAAAAGUACCGUCCAGUAUUUUAAGUAGCGACCGACUAGCGUCCAACGUCGUCGCUGACGAAGGUAGCGAAGCUCAGAAUAUUUCGGAACGCUUAGCGAUCGCGACGUCGUUUAGUGAAAGUGUGGAAAAGAACGGCGCCCACUGGUCCAAGUUGAAACGGGCUGCCAUCUCGAAAGACGCGUUGCUGCCCGACGGAUCGUCGCGAGAUCAGGAAAACGGCAAUAGCCAAACAGAAGUCAAAGACAAGGCUGUGAAGAAACCGAGUUUCGUACUAUCGAGGAAAACCAAACACUACAGAUUCGUGCAAUCCAAAUUUCAAAAGCUGAAUCGAUCUGUACCAACUCGGCAAACGCAAACGAUCACUUCUCGCUACAGAUCGAUAGAUGAUUUAUCACCAGAGUACGGACCGUUGCCGUUCGUCAAAAAACUAAAAAUCCUCAACGAACGACAAAAGCUUGAAGAGCUCGAGAUCGCUAUGAAAACCCGUAGCUUUUCAUUAGACAUCCCCGACACCCAAAUAGAAACCACCGAUACUUUAACGAGGUCCCAUUCGGAAGGUUCCGCUGUGCACCAAGACCAAAGACGGCAGGAAAAGCAAUUCCUUUGCGCUCCGUUAGCCCCUUCUCCCCUCCACUCAUCCAACGAGUCCAACGAAACUCCGGAACGCAGAAACUUAAAAUCGAUACUGAAAAAACUAUCCGAAGACACCAAAGAGAAAGAGCCCAAAGAGAACGAAACGAAUACCCACGAAUCGAAGGAUUCUUCGGAUUUUAAGAAGUUGAUGCGAGCUCCGACGAUCGAGGGUUACGCGGCGAGGCACAGCAAACUAGCCAAAAGCGUGACCUUUAAUAGAGACACCCUCCAGAGUCCCCCUCAUAGUGCCAAUGCCGUCCUUGGUACGCCCCAGAGUUUGUUUCCUUUCAUUAAUUCGCCAACGGACAACGGCCUAGACGUUCGGCAAGAGGAAAAGAAACACGAACUGGAACGAUGUGGUAUACAAUUAGUGCCUAAUAGACAAAAUAACCAAGUUAAGUUACUAAAAGCAUCUCUGGAAGACGAACAACAAUACUUCGCGGACAUCCUGCUGGCCAUCAAGCAAGUCAUCAGCACCCACCUUCUGGACCUUCAGCAGAAAUUCCAAGAGAGGUUCGACAGACUGGAGGACGAACUACGGCGAAAAAGCGAGGUCAUCACUCAGCUGAAAGCCCAUAUUUGCGAGCUAGAAAAAGGGACCGACGAUUCGUUUUCAGGAUCGCUAGACACUAUCAUCACGCGGGACCGACAUUCGUGGGAAGAACCGACGCACGAAGAAACGGAGGAAUUGCAAGAACUGCCGCAACCUUUGGACGUCUGGUCUCCCCAGUCGAACGACACUGUACUAAACAUCGAUUCCGCAACUGAUACAGAAUCCGAUAUCGGAGAAACUUCAGAAAACGAACCGACAGACUACGAAUCGGGCGAUCAGUACGAGAACUCCAGCUCGAAUUGGGAGAUCGAACUGCUAGCGGCCCAAAUGAGAGAGAGACGGGCCGCCAGCUUGGACCACAGCGUGGGACGACCCCCGUUGAGGAAUAGGUUUUUUAAAGGAUCUAGCGUGGACGCAAACGACUGAUGUCUGGUAUCGGGUCAGUCCGGAGCCAGAAUGAUGGAGUACAAGCGAUGUCUGGUGCUGGUAUGUGCCGAGUAAGGAGGUGCACACGCGAAUACGGGUAUCAGAAGACGGUCUGUCUAGUAUAAAUAUGUCGAUCGGAGAGAUAGGAGAAGUUAUUAGUCGAGACAUAUCAAACUGUAUGCGAGGCAAGUAACAGACUUGUCGAUACUUUAACCCGGCCUCUUUUGGUUCAAUAUUGGACAGAUCGAUCGAGAAACGGUGAUUCCAGUACAAAAUUUUAAGUUUACCGCCGUCUAGGACACGCAGUGACAGAAUUACUUCGUCGUCAAUUAAUUUCGUGCGAAACGAAGACGCAAGUUGUCGACAUUACAAAGCAAGUUGUGAAUAUUUAUAGAGGUAUGCUCAAAAACCGUCUACUACGAAGGUUCCGAUAUACAAGGUGUACAGUGCCAAUCAGUGAUGAAGAAAAAUGUGUUUGCUUUUGAAAGAUUUAUUUUUUUUACCGUCUGUUCGUCAUAAAAGAGGGCUUCGAAAAACGAAACGAAGAAUAAUUUCGAAUAAAAAGAAAACGUUUAAAAUGCCUAGAGAAACAAAGACCACUACUCGUAGGAAAUGUAAAAAAGAAUCGUAGAUUACGACAUUGAUAAUAGUUUAAAAAUUGUAAAAUAUAUUAUAAAGUAUUGAUCA